AAGAAGAAAGAAAAAGAGCAAGAUAAAGUCCUACCUAAACAUGGCAAUCAGCAGAUUGAUAAGCAGGGUUCCAGCCCCCAUCAAGUAGAUGGCCAACAGGAGCAUGAUGAGGAAGUUGGACUCUGGACAGAACUGGCCCUCUUUCAGUUUCGCACACUCUGCUUUGUGUUCUACAGAAAAUGUGGGUCAGAAGUGAAGUGGGGCUUUGUUAGGGCGACUUUUAGUUUUUUCAUCUCAAAGUCUGCGGGCGUGACUAAGCGACUGGUUCAGCUCGACGUCCCCAUACGACGACGCUGA